AUGUUAUUCGAACAUUUACCUGACGAACUUCUCCUCUUUGCCUUUGGUUAUCUACACAAAUUCGAGAUUAUUUACGGAUUUACGAAGCUUAACCAAAGAUUCGACGCAAUUGUCAUACCAUAUUUGUAUGAGAUCGAUCUAGCCAAUAAUCAUCGACCUUACAAUCGUCAUUUUACAUUGUUAUGUCAAUAUAUUCUUCCUUUAAAUGGAAGUCAUGUUAGAUCGGUGAAACUAGCGGGAAAUAAACAAUUACAGCUUUUUCGACCGUACAUUUGUCAAUUGGUUAAUCUAAAAUCAGUGAUUAUUAAAGAUGAACAAACGGAUACUUUCGAUGAACCUGAUGAACUGUAUCGAUUUCUAGGGGAAGUUUUAUUGAUGCCCUCGCUUUCAGAACUUUCUGUUCUCUGUGCUCCAUCGAACAUCUUAAAGACGCUCUCCUCAUUGGCACUAGAGAAACUGACGACUGUAACUCUAUUCUAUUUUCAAGGCUUAUAUCAUUGGGGCCUCAAAAGUGUGACACGAAUGCCUCAAAUCACAUACCUUUCAGUCAAUAUGAACGGCGUCGUAAAUUUAUCGGAGCUCUUGGAAAUAACUCCAAAUGUGGAAUCAUUGCAUUUGUACUUCAGCGAUAUGUAUGAAAGUGAAAUUCAACACACGCAUGUAGAAUUACCCCGAACAUUAAAGGAACUACAAGUAAUCCUUGGACACUACACGACGUAUUCCUCUAUCACAUUUUCAGCAACAAAAGGUUUUUUAUAUAUACUCAGAGGUGAAUUUGAAUCCUUGAUGCUAACUGUUAUCAAUGGAGACAAAGAUUUUGCUGAUUAUAGCAACGUUUACAGUCUCGUAGAAAACUUCGAUCAUCUGCAAACAUUUCAGUAUUAUAUUGAGACCGCAUACACGCCCGAUUCCCGCUUUUCAAACUUCGAACAGCUACCAGAUGCAACUUAUUUAAUCUAUACUUACCCUAAACUGAAUCAAGAUUGUGACAGAGCUCCAUUUAAUCGUAAAUAUUUCCGUUCGGACCUUAAUUCACAGCUGACCAUGCGAUCGCUUUACAAUAGCUCGGAGCUUCGGAUAGGGACAAACUCCCAUGAACGCCGUCCGACAGCGCCCACAAUGAUUUUGCAAAACAAUCCAAGACUAACAAAUUUGAAAAGCAUCGCAUUUGGUUAUGGGAGUAACAAACUGGCACCUGAUGUGUGGCAAUAUGCAUCACAAGUUAUCGCUCUAUCACCUAACUUAUCUGAACUGAAAGUUACUUAUACCAAAAAUUUUGUCAAGAAGAUAUAUGGCACCGUACCGUCGAAACAGUUGAAGCGUAUCACAUAUUUGCUUGUCUGGUUCGAAGAGAAGGAUAGUGAAAAUGGUUUCUAUCCUUCAACGUUUCUGCUUGAUGUAUCGAGAAUGAUGCCAAAUCUAAAAGUUCUCGAACUCAAUAUUGGAUUCGCUGCUAUUGCUGUUUUCGUCACAUCAUCAGUUAAGCUCAUUCAAGAUGCGCGGAAUUAUUUUAAAAAAGUAACCUGUGUGAAAGUGUCAUCGUUCCUACGGACCGCAGAAGAGAAGGAAGCGAUUGAUCGUUACAAGAAAUGUCUACUGGAAGUAGGUGAACGGACCAGAACUUGGUUUUAUUGUCCGAUUAAAACUGAGAGCAGAGAAGUGUCGAAGUAUCGGUGCCUGUAUAUCUGGCUCUAG